GUGGAACGAAUGAGAGAAUAGCAGAAUGGGACACGUGGAACAAAUGACACAGAAGCAGAUUGGGACAUGGGAACCGUGUGGCCCGAUGUCUUCGUCAUCCGUUCCCGCCGUCCCCGCCACUUGCGGCACGCGGCACGAAAUGAUGAUAAUGAUGAUGAUGGUGAUGACGACGUUGAUGUUGAUGUUGAUGCUAUUGACGAUGUUCAUCAUGAUGACGAUGUUGGUGAUGAUUACGGUGGUGAUGUUGAUAUGGACGACGAUGGUGCUGAUGAUGAUGACGAACAUCAUCAACAUCAUCAGCGGCAUCGUCGCCGUCGUAAAAAGCACCACCAUCCUCGCCUUCGUCAUCGUCGUCAUCAUCGUCAUCAUCAACAGCAUCAUCAUCAUCAUCAUCGUUAUCAUCGUCGUCAUCAUCUUCGUCAUCAUCAUCAUCAUCAUCAUCAUCAUCAUCAUCGUCGUCGUCAUUAUCUUCGUCAUCAUCAUCAUUAUCAUCAACAUCAUCGUCGUCAUCGUCGUCAUCAACACGACGAUGACGACGAUGAUGUCGAUGAUGAUGAUGAUGAUGACGAAGAUGAUGACGAUGACGAUGACGAUGAUGAUGAUGAUGAUGAUGUUGAUGAUGAUGAUGAAGAUGAUGACGACGAUGAUAAUGAUGAUGAUGAUGCUGUUGAUGAUGACGAUGAUGACAAAGGCGACGAUGGUGGUGAUUUUUAUGACGGCGACGAUGCCGCUGAUGAUGUUGAUGAUGUUGAUGAUGUUGACGACGUAGACGAUGUUGAUGAUGAUGUUGUUGUUGAUGAUGAUGAUGAUGAUGAUGAUGAUGAUGAUGAUGAUGAUGAUGAUGCUAAUGAUGAUGAUGUUGAUGAUGAUGAUGAUUAUGAUGAUGAUGAUGAUGACGAUGAUGAUGGUGGUGAUGAUGGUGGUGAUGAUGAUGGCGAUGAUGAUGAUGAUGACGAUGAUGAUGGUGGUGAUGAUGAUGGUGAUGAUGAUGGCGAUGAUGAUGAUGAUGAUGGCAAGCAAGAAUCAUGGGCCACCUCGCGAGGAAAGAACAAGCGGGAAUCAAAGGGGCAUACAGAAACCAUGUGGCCCAAUGUCAGCGACAUCCGUUCCCGCCAUGACGGCAGAAGGCGUCAAGUGCUUGGGGCCGUCUUCGGGUGGGAGGACGCGAAGGGGGGGCGGCGACAUUUCCGUAUGGAAAAGGUUUAUGGCUCCAAGGGCAACGUCGUUGCCAAUUCGAAAGGGGUGUUGUUGGACCUCGAAUUGUGUGAUGGGUUCGGAGCGGGUGCUGUGGACACCCCGUUCUACAGAGAACUCGUUCUCGUGGGUGGUUUUGUUUUGGAGCGUGAGUUUUUCGACAAGCUGGAGGACAAGAACAUCGUUCUCGACGCCCCCUGCGACGUCGGCCCCUCCCUGGAGCUCUCGUUGCCAUUCAGGCCAUGUGGCAGUUGCGAGUCAAGCGGGGCGGCGGCGAAGGGCGGUGAUCUGGGUUCUGGUCCGGCUACUCAGUUGCACCGUGGCGAGAGUCGGGGACAGUUCGACGACAACGAGGACGAGGGGCCUGCAGCGCCAUUGAGGGACAGGCGGCGGUCUGUGUUGUCUAUUCCAGGGGUCGACAUUGGCGAUCCGAUUCAAUGGGAGAGUGCGGAACCGACAGGAAAGGUGGCAGCCUCUUCGGAGGUCGACUUGGGGGCGAGCGAGGACCAGAGUGUGGAUGAGGUGACCGUGGGCGGCUUGGGCACGCAAGGCACUUCGCAAAAGAGGAGAGGGGAUCGCACAGAAGAGUUCGUCGGUUCUGCGAAGAAGCUGAAGAGCAAGGCCCCCAGGACUGCGGGAGAGAAACGAAAGGGGACCGAGGAAGAGGAGGGCCGGCAGGUUGCCAAACGGCCGGCUUCGAGACAAAAGCAGCCUGCGUCUGGAACGUCUUUUCCACCGACGGAAAGGCCUCCAAUCGACGUCGACGCCAGGUACUUCCUCGAGUACAAAGAGGGAGGACUGUACAACCAGCGGUCCCGGGAUCCCGUGCUCGUGGAAGGGAUCAAAGAAGCGAUGCGGUUGGCGUUCGAAAACAAAGCGUAGAAAGAGGUCGUGUACAACGUCCCUGUGGAUCCGCCGACGAAGAAAGGCAAAAAGGAGAACGAGGAGGGCGACUGGUUUGUGCAACUGCCUGAGCCAGACGCACAUUGUUGGAAAGCGAUGGAGUCGCUGACCGACAACGAGAAGUGUCGUGUCCUGAAGAAGGUUCUCGCUUGCGAGGUGGUUUGGGUCCAGGCCGUCUCCGCGGCGUUGGCGAAGCUCGGGAAGCUGAGCGUCCAGGACAUGGUUCAUUUGGUGAAGUGCGACCGGGUGCUGGUGCAGUUGUGGGACGGGAGCACGAAAUACGUCGCUGACUCCUCGUUGUUCAAGGACUGCCCGCCUUACAUGGGCUGCGACGACGACCAAUCCAUCGAGGCGACGGAGAAGUUGGCCGGUCACAAGAAGUUGUCCGUCGACUGGAGGAAUAAGUUCUUGUCCGUUUUGACUGGGAGUAGACUGAAGAGUCGCGAGAUCGCGCUUGCGGAAGGAAUUGUGCACAUAAAAUGGAAAGACACGGGCGACGUGACAUCCAUCGCGCCAUUCGGCAACGACCCCUUGGAGGCAGACAUAAGGUGUGCGGAGGUGAAAGAGGCGGUGGUUGCCACAAAGAGUCACACGUUCGUCCUCGAUCUCUGCGAACCGGUUGACCUGAAGCUAUGGAAACCGCAAGCGUUCGGCACUCUGGAUUCCCAGCUUCAGACGUGGUGUCCAUCGCAUUGGACGCUCGUCGUUCUCGUCCCUCGGCAGCGGAACCUCUCGUUUCUGGCCAGCAUGAACCACCUUUCUUUCAUGAAGAUGCUGGAAGGGAAGUGGGUGAGGAAGAGUCAACAGAAGAAAAGCUUCCCCGUCGGGAAUAAUUUGUACACGGAAGACGACCGGAUGUACACACUCUUCAAAGGCGACGAUUUGCGUGCUAACACGUCCGUCGUCUACGAGGGGAAACUGCCGCCUGCCGCCGCUGCUGCACUGCGGCUUCCGCAGAAGGUUACGCAAACGGAUGUGUCCGACAUCCCAUUCAACCCUUGCAAUUGGUUGCAUGUGUCGCCUACGCGACGACACAUCAUCGCAAUGGAAGGGAACUCCGAGCUCUUGCAAUUUACAAUUGAUCUCGUCAAAAGCGAGGUCAAUUCGGGUGCCCACAUUUGCGAGUUCAUGGUCGUCAACGAGUCUCGUCCUCCCGCGUGGAACAACAAGACGGACGUGUGGUUCAAGUUGAGUGCGAGAAAGCGGAUCAAGAUAUACGACUUGUUGUUCCUGCAAACGCGGCCCAAGAGAGACACUGACGCCGAGUACGUGCGCCACAAGGAUCAUAUGUUCACGCUGCUCGACAACUACCACGACGCCUCCCGCAUGAACGCAAAGACCUUCCUUGAGAGGUUGCAGUCCCUGUACUUCGUGGAGUCAGAGGAGGAGUUGACGUUCGGCAGUUACUCCUCCUUGAUCUCCAUGGAAGACGAGGAGACCACCGACAUGGAGUUCGACGCGACCGCGAACGAGGAGGGCAGCGACACCGAAAGCCUCGACCUGCAGUACGACCCGCAUCCCGGGCAGCACACAACAGGGUCGUCCUUCGCAGGUCCGUCAACAAGCCCGACAUCCCUCGCGUCACCGAUGGCGAAAGCGGCACCUGGCACUCUCCCGAUGAAGUUGCUGCAGAUAACGCAAGCUCUGGCCUCCCGCCAUCGCUCACUGCGUCCCGGGUCUGACAUCCCGGCCGAUCAUCUGUCUUGGAAGGAUGCCAACAUUCACUUCCUGCCUGAGCCUCAAAGUCGUUCCACGGAGGCGGACUGGGUCCAUGAGAUGAUUCGGCAUCCAGGAGUCAUCUAGCCGGAGAUCCAAAAGGGGUCCAUCUGCAAGACAACAAUGGUAUUGGUUAGCUUUACCUGAUGAAUAAUAAUAAUUUGAAAAUGCCCAAGCAAACU